UGAUCAGUUCUGAAUAUGCAAGCAGAAACGAUUUUGCACUGCAAUCAUAUGUUUCUAUAUGAUCAGAGGAGCCCUGGCAGAAUCACUUCCGAGGAGAGGUUAGGCUGCAAUUCCCAUUUUGCUGCACCAGGAGCUGCGAGGCUGCAAUGCAAACCUCUGAGGCUGCGCUAUGCUCAGGAUAACAAAGGAAUCGACAUGGAAGAUGUGAGUUCCAAAAGGGUCAGUGAUUUCUUGCAGAAAUGUGUCAAACUUGAGGAUCAUGAAAGGGAUGCUCAGCCCAAAGAGGAGAUCCUAGAAGUGCAAUCGCUCCCUAUCCUCGCACCAUCCUAUCCUCAGACAGUGCAAGAAGAAAUAUCAAUGGUUUUCAACACCUGUGCAAUGCCAGCCAACUUAGGUCCAUGCACCAGAAGGAGGCGUGAAAAAAGCACUGGCCAUGAUGGCACAAGCACGUCUCUCUACGUCGACCGGCGCAAAUCCAAGGUGUGGAACUAUUACACCAAGUUGGGAGACGCCUACGUUGAGUGCAAUGUCUGCAAGAAACAGUUGUCCUUCCACAACAGCACCACUACCAUGAGGGAACAUCUGGUGAGAAAACACAGCAUCCGUGACACUUUGUUAUCGCAGUUAAAGGAUGACCAGAUUUCAGACCCUGACUACAUAGCUCAGGAGAAUGCAAUUAAAAGGGCCCGCCAGCUAACACCUGAAAACAGCAAUCAGUACCACACUGUGCCCUGCACAGAACCUAGAACUGAUGUAAUUCUGGAGCUUGUGCUAGAAAUGAUUUUUCGGGACCUUCAUCCCCUCUCAGUAGUGAAGGACAAAGGCUUUGGUCUUCUAAUAGGCUACCUAGAACCCAGUUUUAUUCUUCCAUCUCCUAUGCAGCUCUCUAGCAUGUUGUGGCACCGAUACAACGUUGUCAAGCAACACCUGGAACAUUACCUACAAACAGCCCAGUCUAUCGUGAUCUGUGCUGAGUUCUGGCUCUCCCAGCCCAACCAGACAUACCUGACAAUCAUGGCUAACUUUAUCGAUGGGGAAUGGCGACGGGCAAGAUGCAUCUUGGAGACCCAACAAGUGCAUGAAAAUAAAAUGGAGAGCAAUUUGGGAGAUAGGCUGUACUCAGUCUUGACUGACUUUGGGAUGCCCAGUAAGUCUGUUUUCUGUGUGAUGCAUGACAGCCUCCAGGAUAUGGAGGUGAACGCCUCACAACUCAAAUGUGUCCAUGGCUGGACUAGCCUAUGCUGUGCUGCUCACCUGCUCCAUCUCUGCGUCCAGGCAGGUUUUGAGGUGGAGCAGGUACAAGAGGCCCUGAGUGCCGCCCGCAGCAUUGUCUGCUACUUCCAGCAGGAUGCUAAAGCCACCUGCUCACUGAAUAGCAAACUGGAAGCCAUCAACAAGACAAAACUGAAACUGGUGAUGGACACCGGAGCUCGGUGGAUAACCACCAUUGAAAUGUGCGAGUGUCUGUUGGAUCUCAAGUGGGCCAUCAUGUCCGUGUUGGAAGAACAUCCCAAGGGAGCAAUCAUGGUCCAGAAUUUGGCAGACCAUCAGUGGAAACUCUUGCAGGAUCUAAUGCCUGUCAUGAGGACCCUAAAGAUCGCCACGUCCUUCUUGAGGGAGGAGCAGAAUUUCUCCAUAUCUUCCUUGAUGCCAUGCAUCCACGGCGUUGUCACAGCCAUUGGACAGCAGUCGGAAGAGGCAAGCGGCACCAUUAAGACUGUGGUGAACAAUAUAAGGUCAGAGCUCACACAACGUUGGGGAAUCUUAGAUGAUGAGAAACUGCUGGAGAGCCCAGCAGUGGUUGCAUCCUUCUUAGACCCGCGUUUCAAAGAAAUGAGGUUCCUCAAUCCCAGUCUGCGGAGUGAGCUCCACAAAAAAAUUAAAAACAUGCUGUCCCAGGUCUUUAACCACCAGUCCCCAGUGUCAACCCAGUUCUGGGUUCCAAGCUCUGACUAUAAAGCAGAGGUGAGUGAAGCAGCCAGCCAGCUUUCUGCUCAUAAGGAAAGAGGUCCAAGCGGGCAGUCCCAGAGUAUGUACGACAUCCUCUUAGGAAAAGACCCAACGGAGAGUAUGCCUGAGAUCCACCAGCAGCUGGAGAACUACAUCGUGGAACCCCUCUGCAAGCGCAGCACUAACCCCUUGGACUGGUGGAAGAACAAUGAACACCGUUUCCCCUCUGUAGCCAGGUUAGCCAGGCAAUACCUGGCUAUCCCAGCAACGGUCGUGCCACCAGAUCAGGCCUUUGCUGCCAUUGAAAGUGCCCUGGAGCAUAGGAGGGGCGUGCUGGCCCCUGAAAAUCUGGACCAAAUUCUCUUCUUGCAUCAAAAUUUUGAUUUUUUGGAAUCUAUGCGAAAUAGUGGUGAGAAUCCAAAUAAGACUGUGCAAAACCAGUUCUGAAAGUUGAGUGGAAAAAGCACAGAAGCUACCCAGAGAAUUAGUGCGUAGUCAGUACACUGGGAAAAGGAAGGGAGGUUGUAGUCUUGAAAAGGACAUAUUUGCCUUCAGGUCACUUUAAAACAUCCAAGAGACUAGACUCAACCUCUUAAUUUACAAAUUAGCCUGCUGCCUAAGCUUAUUCAAGGUUUUCUAGUAGAGGUAGGUUGUUCCCUAAAUAAAAUAAGAAUAAUGUUCUUUAAAAGCCAUGUUCUAGGCUGAAGCAGAAAAAAAGAAAAAUGACCACAUGCAACAGUGCAUUCCUGGAGGGCAGAUCCUCCAGACCCAUGAAAGCAUAGCUGGGGAUUAGAAUUAUGCCCUUAACUAUGUUCGAGAAGGCCUAAGAAUGUAGAAAUGAUCCCAGAGCUCAGAUAAGUAUGUUAUAGUGCUCUGUGGGUCCAUGCAUGCACCUGUGUGUGUAUCAGUUACUUUAAGAUAGGUAAGGCAAAGAGCAUCCUUUAGGCCAGCUCUCCCCUAACUCUGGUAUUGAAAAAUUAGCCCUAAAAUACGUUGUCGAAGGCGUUCAUGGCUGGAAUCACAGGAUUGUUGUGUGUUUUCCGGGCUGUAUGGCCAUGUUUCAGAAGUAUUCUCUACCAAUGUUUCACCCACAUCUAUGGCAGGCAUCCUCAGAAAUUGUGAGGUAUGAUACCUCACAACCUCUGAGGAUGCCUGCCAUAGAUGUGGGCGAAACAUCAGGAGAGAGUGCUUCUGGAACAUGGCCAUACAACCCGGAAAACACACAAUAACCCUAGCCCUAAAAUACUUUCUAUAGUGCACAGGGGAUAUUGCCACAUCACCACUACCUCUGCCACCAAUUUUUGCAUACUGAAUCAGGCAUCAAUUCACUUUUUGUUGUUUUAAAAACCUUCACCUGGGCCUAAAUACAUGCCACCCAAGCCUCUCAAUCUGUGAUUUCCAAACAUUGGUCUCCCGGUGUUUUGGACUUCAACUCUCAGCAGCCUGUGUCCAAUGAUCAGGGAUUCUGGGAGCUAAAGUGCAAAACAACUAGUGGUCUAGAAUUUGUUAAUCACUGUUCUUGACAAUGUCUAGAAGCAUGUGGGAGUUGGGAUCCCCCCACCCACCCACCCAAAUGCAGCCAUUUAGCCUUUCAUAGUUACCUACCCUGGCUUUAUAAUGAAUUUCCUUGAGGUUCUUCCAAUGGGAGAACCUAAGUAUUCUUCACAUCUUCUGUUUGAAAUUCUGGAAAUAGAAGUGGUAGUACUGCAGUCAACGAGAUGUUUGAAGAAAGCUUUGCUCAUUUCUGAUGACUGGUUAUGCAGGUACUUGAUUGGAAUUGGUGAGGCCAAUGUUUGUAGGGCCAUAGCUUGGGAGUACCUUGCUGUGAAAGAAAGCAGAGGCUUCCUUCUGCAAAGCCUUGCAAGCACUGUGGCUUGCUACUUUCUCACCCAUGCAAUCCUAGAGUGAGUUGGUCAGUCAACUUGAUUGGUCUGCUUUAAAAACAAAAGUAGGUACUGUGAUUCCCCUUUAUAAGCACAGACCAAAAAUCCUGCAAGUCCAGUAAUAGGCCUGGUGCCAAUCAGAUGGUUUAAAUAAGCCCAUAAAUAAAAGAACAAUGGUCUUGGUCUCGUGGCAGUUCAACUUUGGCUUCUGUUGAAAGCAAAUGCAGCCCAGUCCUCUUGGCUUGUGUCUCCUAUAUACUUUUCCUUUGCAGGAUUGAAAACACCUAAACUUUUAUAUGAAAGUUAACAUACACUGAUCUGUAAGGAAAUCAAAACCCCGGAAUGCUCGUAGAAAUAAGAGGCUAUAUGCAACAUUUUGUGUGUUGUGUGUCAAGUCAAUUUCGACUUGUGACGAUCUUGCCCUAGGGUUUUCAUGGCACAAUUUCUGCAGAAGAGCUUUGCCAUUGCCUUAAGCUAAGGCCAAGAGUGUGUGAUUUGCCCAAGAUCAUUAAGUGGGCUUUCAUGACUGAGCAGGGAUUGAAACCCUGGUUUCCCAAAGCCCUGGUUCAACACUCCACUCAUUAUAUCACAUUGACUCCUCUUUUGCCAACAAUGUCAGUUGGUUAAAUAUUUUAAAAAAUGCUUUUAAAAGGAAUUACUAAACAAAAAGGAGUUGGUUAACUGUUGCUGAGUCCUGCUGCAGUGGGAAAAAUGGGGAAUCUUCAAAAAAACUAUUCUUGUUUAUCAACUGAUAAACAUCUAAAUGUUUUUGUGUCGAAAGCUGCUAUUUCUGUCUAGCAACAGAGAAAGAGUGAGAAUAGUCUAAGUAGGAGUUCAUAUAGGGUAGGGGGAAUCCUGUUUGCAGAUUGUUUUAAUGGAGUCAAAGUGCUCACAGUGCUUUGCAACACAAGUAUAUGUUUACAUGGAAAGCUAUAAUAAUUCCUGGCUGUGUGUGUUCCUAACCCACCCUGCAGCUUUCUACAAAUGUGAAGAAAGGUCAGGUGUGACAAACAGAAGUGGGGGCCGGGCUUGGUUGGGAAAUCUACAACCCAGCUCCAAAUAUACUAUGAAGGACACUGUGAGUGCUUGUGAAUGUAUGGGGAUACAAUGCAUUAUCCAUGGAGUGUUGUUGCAAAAAAGUAUAUAAAACAAAUAAUUACAA